CCACCACCAUCCGCACGACAUUUUCGCCACCCAACCCGGCAAAUCGCCAAUCACCAUCGUCUUCUUUGUCUCCUCCAGCGAGCCACACGAAUCCUCUCCGACCAAGAAGAGAAGAGAAGAGAAGGGAAGAGAAGAGAGAUGGGAGGGUUCCAGCGGCAGGUGAAGGAGCGGACCAUGGAGGUGAAGGUGGCGGUGCUCAAGGGCGUCAGGGUCGUCGGCGACUUCGGCAAGAAGACGUGGAACAAGGUCAAGGCCAUCAAGCGCUGAUCGAUCCAUCCACCGCAUCACCCCGGCCGUCUGCUUCCCUUCGCUCCAGUCCAAUAGUUGCUUCAUGUAGUACUGCCUGAUAGGAUAGCCGUCUGGCCUCGCUCUCUUUUUCUCGGUUGUGGUUGUGAUUUGGUUUGUUGGAUCUGUUUUGAGGCAACUUUUGAUGCAUGUGAAAAUUCGCCUGUCAGCAUAGGCUUAUAUUUAGCCUUCUUAUAUUCCCUUGUUUAUUAUUAUUAUUUCUCCUUCUUGU